CUUAACCGUGGAUGGCGAAAAAAUUCUCACUGACUGUGUUUUAUCGGCGAAUGCUUGGCGUCAGAUUGAAUUUGCUCUAGGCGACGAUGUGAGUCGGGAGAUUUUUUGCAUGAGACUGAAGUAUGAAGAAGAUCCGAAUGCGGUGAAAAAUGGACCCUCUGCGCAUUUGCUUGCCAAUUCACCCGGAGGCCUUUCCUCAAGGUCAAAGACUCCUAGUCCGAAGAAGUCGAAAAGUCGUUUCGGUUUAGGCAGCAGUGCUGCCAAUUUGUUUCAUGGCUCGCCUGUGCGGAGUUUCUUAUCUUCGCCACUCAGAAUGCGCAGUCCAGCUAUACUGUCGAAAAUGGUCGGCGGCAGUGGCAGUCCAAAAAAGCUUAAUCAGGCAAGAAGGGAAAGCUCUCGCCUGUUGCUAGAGGAUGCAGCAAGAAUAUCACACCCACAAAUCGUUGUUGGGGAUGACAAUGACGAACAAGAUGAACAUAGAGAACAUGACGACGAAGGAAAAGACAUCAAGAAAGGUCAUGAUGUUAAUGCAACUAAGAGUCCACGAGCCAGCCUAGUUUCCGUCUCUCCCAAACCGUCUCAAACCGCGAAAAUGAGCGGUCUGGGCUCUUUUCUGUAUAGUUCAUCUUUUUUGGGAGGCAAUGGGACUAACAGUGCGAAAAAGGCAAAGCGCGGUCGUGACUCAGGAGGAUUAGUACUAGGAGAUGAGGACGAUGAGGACGUGGAUGGAGAUGCUGACUUCCAUAGGAGAGGAUCAAGUAUGGAUCAAGAGCAACGGCAAGCCAAGAGUCCUGAACGAAACAAGGACGAACAGCGGAACCAAAAUGAUCACCUAGCAUUACGUGCAACCUCUACAUCGCAUGAAACAAACUUUCCGCCCUGUGUUGGCGCCCAAGAGCUCCACCAGCAGUCUGCUCGCAAAGCAGGCAGAACACAGUCAGCCGAUUCCAUAGUACCUGACUCUUUGAUAUCGUCUCGAUCGACCACAUCUGUAGCAAAAGGUAGUAAAGGUCCUCCAGCCGCAUCGACCAGACGAAGUACUUUUGGCUUUUACCUACCAAGAGCUUCUACUAGUACGAGACGACUGAGGUCAACACGUCGAAGAAGAAGUUCUAACUGUUUUUCGAUUCCAAGCGAUGCAGAAGGAGAAGCGGAUGAGGAGGACCUCUCUGUCGAACAGAAGAAACAGCCGCUUUCUGCGCGUUCUGUGCGACCUCCUACGACCUUCCUAAGUACGAAACAGGAAAGUGGAAAGAACCUCUUGGAGCCUGUAGUUGUUGGCAGUGGCUACACAGUCCGUGUGCUCACCCCUAACACUGUUGAUAGAAAUCGUCUCAGUCAAAUGAAUGGUACAACUGCGACUGAAAACAUAGUGAACAAUAAGGUUACUCCCGUAAUGAGGAGCGAAGUUGCUGAUGAUGAAGAGCUCCCGACGUAUGAGAAUGCCCCUUCUUUUGCGCAAUACGUCAAGGCCGGAUCAUCACGACUUCUACUGGGUAGUGGCAAUAAUAUUAACGCGACUACUACUAUAGCACCAGAACAGGACGCAUCAGUAAUAUUAACUGCUUGUCCUUCUCCUUCACGCGCGAGAAACGAGAAUGGUAUUCGCAAGCGCGAUUGCGUUCGACGUUGUUUCGGUCGAAUUUGUGGGUCGAGGGAGCAGGGGCCUAUUGAGGAUGACUGAUACAACUAGAUGGAAAUUAUACGAUUCAGCAUACACAUAAAGACUCCAAGAAAACUGAUUUUUUGCGCCUAUCAAUUUUACGCUACGCAUUGUUAAUAUUUGAUUAUCGUGAUCCGGCCGAGAGAACGAAAUCGAAAAAAAAGCAAACGUUAGACGAGUCAAUCUGAAGAUGGCAAAUAAGUGAUCGAUCAUCUUGAACGUGAG